UAGUAGGAAACAUUUUAUAUAGGACAGUAAACAUGGCGCUACACUGUAGCAGGGCGUGCAGGCAGUAUUUACUACAUCUAGCACAAGAUAAUGUUGAAUUUAGACUGCCGGAGAUCAAAGCGCUGCUGUCUCUCAGAGGUAAACAUUUCUGUCCUGCUGAAGACUUCAAUGAAAAGUCUCCGUUUUGGCAACUCAAAAAUGUGUCGGAGGCGGACGUGCGGAGCAUUAUGACCAGAACGGUGUGCGCGAAAUCUGUGUUUGAACUGUGGGGUUGUGGAAGGACACACGUUGAACUGCAGUCAUCCCUGGAGCAAUAUCCUACAGAGGAUAUGGCUCCGUUUCUGCAGCAAGACUCAACAUACAAAAUAAAUGUUUGCACUUUCAACAAGACCCUGGAGUUCACAGACAGAAUCAAGAAGAUUGAUGCCAUGGAGUACCUGCCCUUCCAAGGGAAGGUGAAUUUGAAGAAUCCAGAUCACAUCUUCUGUAUACUAGAAGACUAUGGCACUGAUCCAAAUAACAUACCAGAGGAACCCUUCUGUGUGUAUUUUGGGAGAUGGAUUGCAGACGGCCAGCGGGAACUAAUCCGCUCCCACAGUGUGAAGAAAAGGCACUUCAUCGGGAAUACCAGCAUGGAUGCAGGGCUGUCCUUCAUUAUGGCCAAUCAUGCAAGGGUCAGAGAUCACGACCUGGUCUUUGACCCCUUUGUUGGGACAGGUAGCCUCCUGGUGGCCUGCUCGCACUUCGGGGCAUAUGUUUGCGGGACAGACAUAGAUUAUAACACAAUCCACGGGAUUGGAAAAGCAAGCAGGAAGAACCAGAAAUGGAGAGGUCCAGACGAGAACAUUCGAGCAAACCUUCGUCAGUAUGGGCUGGAACGGUUUUACCUGGACGUCCUGGUAUCAGACGCCUCCAAAACCAUUUGGAGGGAAGGGGUGCUAUUCGAUGCCAUCAUCACUGACCCUCCUUAUGGUAUUCGUGAAUCUACAAGGAGAACAGGGUCCCAGAAGGAGAUCAUCAAACCUUCAGAUGACUUCUGUGGAGAUAGUCACGUCCCUGUUUCCAUGGAGUACCAUCUAAGUGACAUCUUCAGAGAUCUGUUAAACUUUGCGGCCCGUCACCUGGUGAUGGGUGGAAGGCUGGUGUACUGGCUGCCAAUCUACAGGCCAGAGUACCGAGAUGAGAUGGUUCCCCUGCACCCCUGUCUCAGUCUCGUCAGUAACUGCGAACAGACCCUCUCCAGCCACACCUCACGCCGCCUCAUCACCAUGGAGAAGACCAGGGAGAUGGAGGACUUGGAUGAACAUCUGCUGCUCCAGGACUCCCGCUACAGUCCCUACCAGGGCCACAACGCCUUCAGGGAAAAGUACUUCAGUGGGAUCACCAAGAGGAGCGGGAAAGAUGAGGGCAAAACACAGACUAAGGAGGAGAAUUGACCAGGCUGCUGGAUGCCUGAGUGGCAGUUGGACAUUUGACUGAGGUGGAGGAGGGAAUGCUUAUGCUGUAAUCAGCUUCACCUGCACCUCCAUUUUAAAUGGACUGUUUGUUUGAAUUUUACCGCAUCAUUACAAGGGAACAUUUAUAAAUGUAUAUAGAGCACAUGUACAGUUCUUUUUUAUUUGAUGUGCCCUUCCUCUUGUGACUGUUUAGAAAUAAAUCACAUGAAAGAAUGAAUCUA